AUGCUGCAAAUAGGAUCGUUUGGGGCAAAGCGAUUGCGCCGGCCAAGGACUACUUCAUGGAUAGUCAGAAUUCACGCCGCCAAUAAAUCUCAUGAAAUCACCAACUUCCUCAGGAACCCCUUGAAAUCUGAACCACGCACCUUAAAAACUGGUAUGGUAAUAAAUGUGAUAGCAGCGAUAAGAGGGAGCUGGCUGCGGUCGGUCUGCAGACAAGAGGCCUUAGUCAUGGGAGGAAGAGGCUUUAUCUCCUCUGGGCACUGGAGAUGGCUGAUCGGGGUGGGAGGAUUAAAUGAAGAUAUUAUAGGCCAUAAACGGACAUUGUUCCCCUUUCACGCUCCUCCUAAUCUGGAUUGA